GUGAACAUGAACUUCUAGAUUAUGAUCAAUAUCAGCGAAAUAACAUUGAAUUUUGGCGGAAGAGUGGGACUGGCCCACACCAUAAAAAGAUACCGGCCACCUCGUGGAUUUCGAGUUCUGUCAGCGAUGUACAUUCUGAGAGCUUUCGUUUGUUUCGUAGCGUCGCAGCUCCAGCUUGUAUUCGUCAGCGCUGGCAGAACGCCUAAGUUAUUGGAGCAUUCGGGCGCGUGCGGUACGAGGCAGUUUCAGUGGAAGCCCAAUAGGCAGCCCAAAGUUAUCGGGGGGCAGGUGCCACCCCCGGGUGCGGUACCGUGGCAAAUCGACUUACGCGUGGGAGAGGAUAAGCAUUAUUGUGGUGGUGCGUUGAUUAGUAGUAGGUUGAUUUUGUCGGCGGCGCAUUGUUAUAAUGACGGGUUGGUUGCUGUUGCGGGUGCGCAUGGAUCGCCGGGUUCAUCUCUACACGAACAAACUCUGAAAGUGGAAAAAUUCAUUCCACAUCCUGACUUUAGAAAACUAGGAGCAUACUCUCACGAUCUUGCCGUACUUCUGGUGGCCGCUCCAGGAUUUAGGUUCAACGAAAUUGUCAAACCGGCAUGCUUUUCCGAUGACUCGCCAACUUCAGGUACAUGGUGCGAAGUUUCAGGUUGGGGAGCCGUGGAUCCGAAUGAUAUUGAGACCACCUCCCCAAUUUUAAAAGUCGCUGCUGUUCCUGUGAUAUCUUUGGAUACUUGCAGAUUGAAAACAGUCUAUGGAGGUAGAUCCCAACAAAUUUUAGAUUCAAUGUUAUGCGCAGGAUAUUUGAGAGGUGGCAUCGACGCUUGUAGCGGGGAUUCCGGUGGGCCACUAGUCUGCGAAAAAGGUGGUAAAAUGGAACUUACCGGUAUAGUAUCUUGGGGUGAUGGCUGUGCAAAAAGAAACAAACCCGGUGUUUACACCAGAGUUUCAAGCUUCUUGCCGUGGAUUAGGGAUUGCGCGACGGACUUGGGAGUCACGCUUUAAAACAUGUUAAUUUGAAAUCUAUAUGUGUGGGUUAUUAUUUAGUAACUACUAUAUUGAGAGUAACGGACUAAUAAUUAUGCACAUAUACAUUUUCAAUGUUUGGA